AUGAAAAUCCCUGGCUUUAUAUUAUUUAUGUAUUGCGUGAUUGGUAUGUCUAGCACUUUUUAGUCUUUGUUUAAAUGAUCAAGAUAGUGCAGGCACAUUUUUAAAUAAAAUGUGCACUACAAAGACCCUUGCCUGGGUGAGCUGAAUAAAGCACUCAAAAUUGCCAAGCAGUUUCCACGAACCCAAUAUACAAGUCUAGUUUUAUUGCAUCCAGUGUUCAAUUACCACUGUACAGAAUUGCAUUUAUCCGUUGCACAGCCUUUUACACUAGAAUGUAUGGAGACUAAUCAAAUGAAAGAUUUGUUUAUUUUAUUUUCCUGGGUAAAAUAUACAAGCAUUUGCGAUUUUAUUUGUGGUUAAUUGCAUAAUAACGGGCUGCAUUUUCUUGUUUAUGAGUAGGUUUUGCGCAAGAAGAUUACGUGCCAUUAUCAGACGGACUCGAAGAUAACGUGGUAACCUCAUUGGAUUCAUGUCAAUGGGUGCGCGUGAACCUUCCAGAGCAGCUAACGGUAGUGCAUUCAUGAAAAUGCGUUAUGAAUGAAUUAUCAUUACUUUAAAUUAUGCGUUUAAUCCAUUUUAAAGAACAUUUUAAAAAGUAACUAUAUCCACCUUUUACUCUAUGAUGCACACUAUUAAAUUAUCAGAUAGCACUAGUCAUGAAAGUGCUUCCCACAUUUUGGCUCAAAGUAAAUGUGACUAAAUACCGUAUAUGCUACAUCUACAUUUUAAAACAUUCAGGUAAAUUUAGUAGGUAAUGAAUUAAGGGGUUACUAGCGGUGUUUUGCCCCGCUGCCUUUUCAGGACACUGAAUUGGAUCAGUAUUUGCCAUUGGCGAAAUAAUAUGUUUUCUUUUCAGGACAUAUAUUUGGACGACCUGCAUAUUCCCUGUAAUAAUGAGUCAUGCAAAUCCACAGUCGACGAAUCAAUUGAAGUUGAAUACGAACAGACAAAAGGUAUGUGCUUUGUCGGAUGAUUGCAUUUUUUAUAUGUAAACAAAACUAAGAAUUCCAAGUAGUGUUUUUGCAAAACGAGAACAAACAGUGAGAGCAGAACUGGACUCCCAUAAUGACAGAGAUUCAUGACAUAAAGCUGAGUUUACCUAUACAAGUGGACCGGCCUUACAAAGCUUCCAAGUCAUUUACAGAAGGAGAAGUUAGUACAUUCAUACUACCAAAGGGGUCACCUACUCCCCGAGAUAGUUCUUUUAACUACCAUUUAAAGCAGGAAUUAUGAAAAAAUAGCAAAACUGACAUAGGAGGCAGUUUGUUAAAAUAUGCCCAGUACGCUGUGUUGUAAGGAUACCAAGAAUACGCGUAUGAAACGCGAUAAGUGGCGCAGAAGGCAGUCAUGGAUGGGAAGUGACCCUAUAAACAUGUGCUAUUGGGACAAAUCACAUAAACCUGUUUGCACGAAGGCAGUUUCGAAAAGUGAUGAAAAGCACGGAAGACUAUAAAUAGGCAACCGUUCGAGUUUGAGAGGAAUGUAAGUGGAGCCUCCAGAAUGUGUUCGCAAUUAUGGUACGGAUAUUCAGUCGUUCUCCGAAGUCUGCUUUUUCUUCGGCUCAUAGUCACGACCUCGGAGUAACGCCAGCGGGGGUCUACCCUUGCAUUCAGACAAAUCCUAAAAGUCAGUAUCUUAAACCUGACAGGCGGAUUCAUGAGUGGGUCUCCUAAAAAUUGACCUCCGCCCUCUAGGGCCCGUCCUUUUGUUGAUCGGUAAACCGGUUUUACAACCGUUUUGCAUUCAGGAGUGUAUACAACGUGUUGGCAUUGAGCUCUAUAGGCAAAGGGUCUUCACUUGGACCGACUGGAAUAGUAUACUCUUAUGCCAGUUUAAAAUGAACUUCUGGCAUCGCGCGGUUUUGCAAAAUUCAUCGAAUAUCGCUGAUUCCUAGAGACGUUUCCUAUUUUGAUUAGGACAGGAGGCUUACCGGUCACCUUAAAAUUGACGUUUCGACAAAUUGAAAUUUCUGGCCUUGUCGUUUCCUUAUGGGGAAGUACACAAAGUAGCCGUUAUGCUCUAGAUUGCCUCCGAGGAAAUGAAUUUUGUAGGAGGCUUCUGGUGGAAAAACACUCUUCUGAUAUGACUGAACGGCCAAAUAUUUAGGAAGUGAAGGAGACUCCUCGGCAUAACUUGUUCAUGGCAUUGAUCACUAGUUGGCAAUGACUCGUCUUGUAUACUACCAUGAAGUGUCGUUCACAGCUUCUAUAGCGAGCUCAGUCUGAUACGGCCGAUCUGAAACACAACGUAAUCAAAAACGAACGACUUUAGAUGGUCUCGCCAGAGCCAUUCUACAAAUAUUUGUUCUCCUUAGGAUUGGCUUUAUGGGAACAUUUGCUGAACGGAUUCAAGGACAACUGCAUAUUACCUAAUCUAUUAUGGUUUUACGUGAUUUCACAUGAACCCCAUUUCAAGUCUAAGUUUAAAAAUGAAGAUAUAACUGUGCGGACCAUUCGCUCACAAAGAUUUUCAUAGUGAGUGCACAUGGUUGGUUACCAGGCGAUGCUUUCUUCUCACUUAAAACAUGUUCAGAUUUGCCUGCAUUUUUGCAGACGCAUGAGAACCACAUUAUUCAACUGAAAACUGUCAUCAGCAGUAUGUCUCUUCGAAAGAAUUUUGAUUUUUCGUCGUUUAGAUGGAAGGCACUAUGAGGUCGAAGGCAAAAUCUGUAAACCCGAGAACUACUUUCGAAUUGGGUGGCAGGUAGACGGGUUCAAUCGUUCCGUGCGCAAGACACUCCUUACACAAUUCAUUGCACCCCGGGGCGACUGGACAGUAAACAGUAAAAGUAAGUGGCAUUUUGGAUAUAAUUAGUGAGAAAUAAAUCAUUCACUGUCUGAAGUCUAUUAGACCAGAAAUGAAUUUUUGUUUCAGCUUGUAUCCAGCCACAGUAUUCUUUACCGCUGAUUCGAACUAUCAAUGAAAGUUCCAGAACAAUAGUGAAAUGCGCAAUUCGAAAAUCACUGUGCAACACAACUGAAAGCGUAAGCUUUAGUUUAUGAUCUGCAGAUAUACCAAGCAAUAAAUAUGAAGCAUUCCUAAAAUAUUUUUAUUUUAGGUUGCCAUUUUCGACUUGAAUGGCGAAUUCUGUGCAUACAACGAUACUGUUAAGACGUGCGGUAAAUUAUUUAUUUUUGGUUAAUUAUGACACGAUAUAAGAAUAAAUUGGCUUGCAUAUUCGCUGUAAUAUGAUGUCUGUAACGAGUAUUUAAAGUCAAUUUUUAGAGAAAACACACGAAGACAACGAUAUCGUCGUCUACGCUACCACGGUGUACAAUACGGCUCCUAACAAAUAUUUUCCGGACCAAUAUAUCUUCUGUAACACAUUGGGGAGCUACAUGUCAAUUAAAAUCACCUGGAACCCAAGUAGUGUUUUCCGUGCAUAUAACUCGAGUUUUUUAAAACUAGACUUUUUUAAGUAGGAAUUUUCGGCAGUAGGUAGUGAUAAAAUUAGAGUGAAACUGGUCUGCUAAAUAUAUUGCAUUUGAAAGCGGAUGAAAUUGAUUAUUGCUGACCAAUAGUGCUUGGAGUUUAAAUUUAAUCUAACACUAGGUCUUGCAUUCCGAUGUACUGUCAGAAGUUAAAAAGACAUGCCAAAAAUUACAAUGAAAAUAUAAACUACGGUAGCCAAUAUGACGGACCAAUAUGUCGGGUCACAACACAAUAAAGUCUUUUUUAAGAAGCAACUUCUGCCUGAGGCGAAGAAAGUCCCAUCUAGAUGGCGGACAGUGCUACUUAUUCUGAAUGUCAUAUUUCAUGAGUAAUUCCCCAUAGGCCAUCCAUCGACUCGCCACCGCAAGGCCAUUCACCCCCGUGCAGCGAGCCGUUCCAGACGCACUGACUGGGGCCGUUCGACCAGCUUUAACUCGGACGCACACGCCUUCACUGAGUCGCAGGUGCCUAUGCGCCACUUGAAGUGCUCUCUGCAAAGGGAUGAAUGACACAGGAGACAAGGCCAUUCAGUCCCGUGCAGCGAGCCCUUCCAGACGCACUGAGUUGGGGCCGCUCAGUCCACUUCAACUCGCGUGUCCACUUAGUCGCAGGUGCCUAUGCGACAAUUGAAGUGCUCGCUGCAAGGGGAUGAAUGACCUUGAGACACCAAGACCUUGGAAAAUUACGCCAGGUCUGAGCAUGAUGACUGCCCUCAAUAAGCACACGUGUGAGUCACCCUGUUAGGCAUAAAAAUGACGUCGCGCUUUUUGACGCUUCCAGUAAAUGGACUUUCCUUGCUCUUUUACAUCACCAACUUCUGGCUUAUAAAGUUCACUAUAGCACCCAAUGUCUUUUUUGGGUUUAAUUGAUUUUUGAAGCUGGCUUUUAGCAUGAUCACCUGGAAUGGUGAAUAUGAAAUAAUCGCAGUCGAAAACUGUUGAAGGAAACAUUCCUAUCCGUCUGUUACCCGACAGGGCUUUUCUUUUGCCUUGAGAGUACGCGGCCGCAUGUGACGUCAAAAAUAGUAGUAUGUGAUUAUGGAGUAUAGCAUUAGUUUUACAAGUGGGGAAUUUUAUUACAAUGUGACAGUUCGACCAUCGGUUUCGAUGAUGUCCACCGUAAGCCCCACAGUUGCAGCAGCAAUGGGAGCAGGGACGGCGACUUACGCAGGGGUUUAUAGUGCCGGUAGACUUGCGUAUCAUCUACCUACACACUCUCCUCCUCCCCCGCCUGGACCCGGUGUCAAGACAGAGUCAAGAAGACCGGAGACGAGGGAGGCCGCAGGUGGAUGGCUCGGACGGAUCCUCACCUUGGCGUUCCACCACACCCCCUGGUCCACACAACAAUAACCAGGAUUUCAACCAACACAACAGAGAUUUGGAGGCUGGCACGGCCGAAGCCGCACCUGGGCGUGCCGCCAACGCCUGGCUCGGAUCCCACACUGUGGUGGGAAUGCCAUAAAGGCCACAUUAAAAAGGAGCCAUUGCAGCCUGACUCUCAGACCGCCUCCAGUGAAAGAGGAGGUCCAAGGUACCCCGUCAGUUGGCAACCUUCCAAGCCACGGCUUUUAGCGCACCGUGAUAGCUUCAAGCGCGUCAGAUUGUUUAUAGUGAGGAGAAAGUGCGCUGAGUCGUCGACCUCACUCUCCCUUCCCAUCCCCACACCCCAGCCGCUGUCCGAGCCGGUCAGAAGACUGGAGUGGGGUAUUACAAUGUACGCAAUUUCUGAUGACCUCCAUCGUUAUGCUCAAAUCUAACGUGUUUCGUCCCGAUAGACUACGGCAAAUCAAACGGACUUGAAGACAAUGUUAUCACCGUUACGGGCCAAUGCAUAUGGGUAGAAUCUAACCUACCGGAGACACUAGCGGUAAGAAAUUAUACAUUGAAUAUCAAACGACUGUGAAAACCUUAUUGCUGCUUACAGUAGUAGCUCAUUUGUAACUCUUGGUGCAAAAGAUGGAUCAGCAGCUCCCUAAUCACAACGGUUGUCAUUCAUACGGUUUUUAGAAUUAUGAAAAUGACCAUAUCUGUCCUGAUAUCCAAAAACAGGCUUGUGUGUCAUUGCAGGACAGUCAGUAUUUUAUAUCAAAACUAAUUUAUUUUACUUUCAGAAGCUAGUAUUGGAUAGACGUUCGCUGAGGUGUGAGGACGGGUGGUGCAGGGCUCGAGGGGACGACGAUAUGCAAGUGGAAUACCAGCAGGAAAGAGGUAUGCAUGCCAUCUGGGAGAAAACUUGUUUAUAUUACUACAUACCAAGGCAGAUUGCAGACGUUGAAAUCUAGUGUGUGUCAGUUUGUGACUGUCGGUUUAACAUAUCAAGAAGUACCCGGUAUGUUUUCAAAAAGUGCAGUGUUUGAGGCCUAAAUACGCAGUGGUGCGGUCGGGAGUCUCAGGUAAUCCUGAAAUUGCAGUUGAGUAAGUAUGUCUGGCCUUUUGGUCGAACGCCUCCACUCACUGAGAAUGUGUUGGCACAUGUGGGAAGACUCCUGAGGACUAUCCAGCUGCAAGCGGACUUCUUAACUUACCAAGCAGGAAAAGUCUAGAUAUAGGAUUGGGUAUUUAAAUAGAAAUUAUCCGUUGGUAAUAUGAUGUAGUACUUUGUGGCCAAAAGGGCAAAUUCGACGCCACGCUCAUUCAUGAAUGUCAUUUAGCAGCACAAUGGCGAUGUUACUUGUUGACAUUUGUUGACAUACCAUGGACACCCUUCACACAUUUACUUUGAACAAAUUUAGUAUACUUCAACAAGAAUUAGUGAAGAUUCGCCAUCAACGAAAGCCCGAAAGUGCAUCGAUGUAAUGCACUCGGACGACGGAUACACCAAUCGCAUGAAAUCCCGCAUACUAAAUCUCAGGGAGUGAUAAAAGAGCUGGCGACCAAUGUGUAAAUUCUAGUAGCAUAUAGACCACAACCUGUGCUCAUUUUCCACUUCCAGAAUAUUUUGGCUUGCUAUGGCACGCACUUGCCCAGUCAUGUCUCGGGACUUGACUAAGAAUACUUACGACAGUCGCACAGCUACCAGUAAUAUAUCAACACUGAGAUUACUGACACAGGCCGGGUAGACAGGAAUGGUCAAUUCCACCCUAUUAAUCAUCGUCUGUCAGCCAUGCCGAAGAAGAGGUUUCAACACACGUUUCAACACUUGUUCAUUGCUCUGUCCAUACGGGCCCGUUUUAGAUCGCGCAUAUAAACUGAGAAGGAAUAUGCUCAUGGAGGAUAGCACUAGACGCACUCCUCCGGUUUUGGUCCCGGGCUCGAUCUGGAGCACCGAUGACAGUCACAUAGUGACUAGAUUUGUUGACUGUAAGAUGUCUAUUUUUUGCGGCAGUGUAUCUGCAAGUUUAUUACUGCCGGUUAUGAACACACGAUAUGGGGUAUACUUAUUUCAAAACUUAUGAAGCCAGUAUGACUUCUCAAUAGGAUCAAAGAAUGUGUGAUUUUUUGGAAGGUUUAUGCCAAGUAGUUUGAAAACACUAAGCGCAAAUACAGCGCCAGCUCCGGUUCAAAAUCACUCGGGAAUCGAAAUCGUUUUUUUUAGACCGGAGAUGAUAAUUCUUCAAUUAUGAGAUAUAAGAAACGAAAUUUUCUAUGGAAUUUGAAGAAACGUAGUUUCUCGCUAAAGGACACAAGGGAAAGUAUUACUGAGCGCGUUUCCUGCGAAAUAUAUUUGCAAUUAUAUGUGCAUCGCAAACUAAGGCAGAAAGUAGGCUACUUAAGUAGUCACACUUUUGCAUACAACCGGAAAAAAGCAAAGCUAAGAGAAGACAAUUUAUUAUUAUUGGGCACGACUAAAGACAAAUUUCAGUAAUGCGCCACUGAUGAGGGCACAUUCUAUUAUAUCAGCAAGGUUUUCGUCGUGUACGCUAUCUACAUUAAGUGGUCGAUCUGCUGAAAUCUUUCCUGAAAUUUGAUAUCCGUUCACGGCUAGGAAGGAACACUUAGGUACGAUUGUAAUGGUGAUUAUCAUGAGGGUUCAUCUUACAAUAUUCUGGACUCACAAUGAUGUUGGCUUUUAAAUUAACUUCUAGGAUAUCUGUUAAAUCUGUACUUGAAUAAGCAUGACUACACAUAUAGUAUGCAUAUUUCGCCUGAAUUAUCGAAGGAUAUAAAAUAAAAACAUUUUUCUGUAAAACGCCUCCAAAAUAUGCUUUUUAGCUCAUUGCGUUGCGAAUUACUUCGUCGCUAUAUCGUAUUCUCGAAAAAAGAGUACCUUUCGGUUUCUAUGUAAUUUAUAAUUAUAAAAUAUUUAGGACUGUAUAAUGUCCACCCAUACAGCAUCGUAUCUGUACGCCUUUAAUACUGCUUAGAAAGAUAUCUUACAUAGUCAGCAUGCAUUGCAAAAUUCUAUGAACUCUACACCGACCAUCCUUAUGACGUAGAGGAACAUAUAUUUAUUUCAUAGACAGUAUACGUCUUGUAAGCUGGAAUCACUAGACGCUAUUACAAAGGCUGAUCUGGUCCACAACUGAUCAAGGAUCGGAAAACCUUUUCAGAAAACAAAUUUUACCCACUAAUGAGAAUAAAACGUAAAGAUGACGAGAUUUUGCUACUAAGUGAUCUAAAUUAAUUCUAUUUUUAUCCAUGUUUACUAUAACAUAUAUAUGCAUUUAUAAGGCCAUACAAAAUGAAUUGAAAAAUAGCCUACUAAAUAUAUAAUCAUUUUUAAUAAGUAAACUUUUAUCGGAUUAAAAAGGUACAUAUUUAGGAGCUAACAUUCCUAAAAAUCUGAAAUAUCAUGAGUAUAUACCGCGUAAUAAUUAAUAUUACACCAUUUUCUAAGUAAUUUUUCCAGAUAGAAAUCACAUUUCAUAAUUUUACCAGCAUCUUAUGAGACCGGUAAAUGAGUGUACAUACAACGGACAGUUCGGCCGUCGUGAAUGUUGUCCACCAUGUGUUUUUAUGCAAAUGUGAGAGCAGACAUGAUGACUUGUGCACGAGUGCUUUCAUUGUGAUAGUAAAAUUGCGCAGCACAUACCACAUCUCCCUCAUCUGUGGCCGGUGUCAUGACCAAGUUAAGAAGACCGGCUGAUUGGGAAUGCGACUUGCAUGCAUUCAAAUGCAUACACAUAUACAGUGAGUGACCUAUCUCAUGAAAUGUUGACUGAAAUUCUGAAACGUGUUUUCGAUUAGGAAGGAUUACUUAGGCGCGGAUGUAAUACUACUUAUCUUGCGGCAUAAUCGUAUAGUAUUUCGGACUUGGCAGGAUGUUGGCUUUUAAACACAAAGCGUUUUAUUCUCCUGUAAAAAAAAGCUACUCGGUAAAAAAUGACUAUUUAAGUAGCAUGCAUUUUUCUCAUUGAUUUUCGAUGGUCUUGCAAAUUCCAAUACAUCUUAUAGAAACCAAAAACAAAAUACGUCUUCUUUCAGUCAAUUAAUAGAAAAUCACGUCUACUCUUUUUUAUUCAACGAAGGAGUAUAAUAAGGUUUUAAGAAAGUGUCUGAUAAUGAGAUUUUUUGAGACCGCGCAAUGUCAAUUCACAUAGCAUCGUACCUGGCCGUUUAUGACAGCUCAUCGUGAAAUGUACAGCAUAGUUCGGAUCCAUUGCAAAAUUUUAUAAACUCUAUAUGGUGUCUUCCUAAACGCAUAGAGAAAUAUGUGAUUUUCCUUACGGAGAAAGCAUGCACCUUGUUACCUGAAAUCGCUAAACGCUAAGACAAUGGCAAAUCUGGCUCAAAAUUAGUCGGGAAUUGGAAAACUUUUUAAAACCUAAUUAUAAUCCUUCCUUGAUUGUGAAAUAUAAAGAAGACGUGAUUCUCUAUUAAUUGACUAAGAGAAAGCAUUAUUUUUGUUUCUUUAAGAUAUAUUUGAAUUUGCUAGGCAAUCAGAAAUUAAUGAGAAAAAUGCAUGUUACGUAAGUAGUCAUUUUUUACCGAGUACGUUUUUUUACAGGAGAGUAAAAAGCAGUGUGUUUAAAAUCCGACAUCCUGCCGAGUCCGAAGUACAAUACGAUUAUGCCGCAGGAUAAUGAGUAUUACAACUGCGCCUUAGUAAUCCUUCUUAAUCAAAAACACGUUUCAGAAUUUCACUAAGCAUUUCAUGAGAUAGGUCACUCACUGUGCAUGCAGUAAAAAAGCAUUCCAUAUCGUAUCAUCGCCAUUCGCAUUGCGACAGCAACGAUGGACUUCAUGCUAAGUGCCAAGACACAAACGGUUGAGCAUACCGUAUAUACCAUGCACGUCACAGUACUCGUACUACUCUCAGUCGUACACAUUAAUAUCCUGGCGUACUGCUGCAUUUGUGCAAGUUAAUCGCCCGGUAGAUAAAUUGAAAGGCUCCUUUUAUCUCAACUCGGUAUAUCGUUAUCUACCGAACGUCAGCACACUACCAUAUUGGUGUUCGCAAAGGAGUGCUAGCGACGGGCAAGUCAGUGGCUAUUCGGUUAGCCAAUCCAACUCUCAGUUAUCAGGAGACAUUGAUACAGGCCGCCUGUUAUUCCUGGUCGCACGCCGCCUGAAAACAUUCCCAUGCGCUCCAAAUGCUUGACCUGCACACAACGCUCAUACCCCAUUCCGAAUCACACUCUUUUCCUCCUCCGCCCCCUACCACCUUCAACUCCAACGACCUCAAGACGUGGCUUCUGUCAUGUAGGCGGCGCAAAAAUAAAGACAGUGACCACCAAUUAAUCACUUGGACACAUCUGAAUCCUCUCCAGAGCUGACAAUGUCAUUACUUCCGUUAUUGUGAGGGCCCGAUGAUGAAUUGGCGAAAGCGUAAUUUCGCUAACUGACUACUCAAUCCUAAUACGGAAUAGUCACUGAGCUCAGACUUAUCGCCAAAAGCGUUAUGGAUAAUAUAGUCUCCACUCCUCUACUUUGCGUAUGCAAAAUACAUUUUUUAAAUUUUAGUUGGGAAAAGCUACCUGACAAAGGCCAAAAUCUGCACGCACAACAACCCCUUUAGUAUCGGUUGGCAACUAAAUGAUUUUCAUGUGGACAAUCGGAUAACGCGCAUUACACAAUUCUUUGCGCCAAACGAAGACUGCUCCACCAGUGAAUUCAGUAAGCCAUUGCAUGUUUGACGGAAUGCAGCUGCUCACGCCCGAUGCCUAACAACACCUCUAUGCUCCAGGUUGCAUUAGGCCCCAGUAUUCACUGCCACUUAUACGAAAUGUGACUGAAGGAUCUGGCAUGCAAGUUCAAUGCGCUAUAUCGAGAAAGAUAUGUGGAUCAUCAGAAAAUGUGCGUAUUCGGUAACCACGGGCAGAUUUGCGGAUCAUUCACCUCCCAAUAGUGAUGCCUGCUUUCUGUUUUUAGGUGAUCAUCUUUGAUCUAAAUAAAGUCUUCUGCCAAUACGACCGCACUGUGCAGACAUGCGGUAAGGCCUAUCUCGUCCACUUUGGAGUCAGCAUUUAUAGUGCCUUCUCCACUGCAUAGAUAAAUAUAUGCAUUGCCCUUUUUUGGUCUCAUUGCAGAAAGAACAGAAGUGGACAACGAUACAAUCCUAUUUUCUACCACAGUCUGGAAUACGGAGCCAAACAAAUAUUAUCCUGAUCAGUAUGUGUUCUGCAACGCUAUGGGAAGUGACAUGUCAAUUAAAGUAACGUGGAGCCGGGGUAAGUAAUAUCUUGUACUUAUUUCACAGCAUCGCCCGAAAGUCUCCAUUUACUGCCCUGUGGAUUAAAACAUACAGGCUAAUUGUAAGAAAGCGACGAACAGCAUAAACCAGAGAGCUUUGAUCUUUCACAUAGUCCUAUUUACUUUGACCAAUAUCGCACUGGCAAAUGUCGAAGUCUCAUGAAACAUUGAAAAUCAAAAUGAAACUGUCAGGAUGAGACUUACAAAUGUAUAUUGCUUGCAAAAAGGGGGAAGACACGAUUAUACUGAGAUAUGCGUUGAAGUUCCAGCCGUAUGUUUAACACCAUUAGUAACGAGUACGGUCAGUCUCUUUAGUAUACACCGGUUAUACCAGUACUUACUAACGCGUAUUUAUCACUAUAUUAUCUGCAUAUGUCUGUUUUAAAGUUAUCAUUUUCAAGUACUGGGGAAACCGCAGCAGACUCGAAAACAGAUCUUGGAAUUGAAAACACAUAUGCUUAUAUAUAUAUAUAUAUAUAUAUAUAUAUAUAUAUAUUACAUGGGCAGCUCGCUAAGAGUGCAACAGCCCAGACGCAGACAGCUGUUUUACGGUCGUGACCGAUCAUUAGUACGUCAAAGGUCUUAUGAAGUGAGGUAUAUAAGCAUGUCAAGUGGGCGUUUGACCCUCACUAUUAUAGUUAGGAUCUCACUCGAUCCCAUUCUGUCCGCCCGUCAGCCUGCUACUGGCGACAACGAACGCUGUGUCAGAGGACACAUACCACAUAUAAUACAGGAACAGCUCGCUAAGAGUGCAACAGGCCAGACGCAGACAGCUGUUUCACGGUCGUUACCGAUCAUCAAUACGUCAUAGGCCUUAUGAAGUGAGGUAUAUAAGCAUGUCAAGUGGGAUCGAGUGAGAUCCUAACUAUAAAAGUGAGGGUUAAAAGCCUACUUGACAUGCUUAUAUACCUCACUUCAUAAGGCCUAUAACGUACUGAUAAUCGGUAACGACCGUGAAACAGCUGUCUGCGUCUGGCCUGUUGCACUCUUAGCGAGCUGUUCCUGUAUUAUAUGUGGUAUGUGUCCUCUGACACAGCGUUCGUUGUCGCCAGUAGCAAGCUGGCGGGCGGACAUACUGGGACCGAGUGAGAUCCUAGCCACAACAGUGAGGGUCAAACGUCCACCUGACAUGCUUAUAUAUAUAUAUGCAACAAUUACCACAGAAGAUUCUAUGUAUUUGACCAAAGAACACGAAGUACAUUGGACGGUAAUUCGGCGUCAGUCAUUCUCAAUUUAUUACUUGUUCAAACUUUGAACAUGCAUGAUUCAUAUGUCGAUUUCAUCAAACCCACAUACGUGCAACCUUUAUGACGAAUGUACCUAAAUGGCUUUUUGAUCCUCAUUGCAGACGUGGCCUCUUUGACAACUAUUGAAACCGCAGCGGAAAGUACCCUGAUUCUAGGUAACAGAAGAACCAUUGUCAAAAUUAUCGUUUAUGAUUUUUCCCGAAAUAUAAUUUUUGUUGUUUUUCUUCGAAUUCUCUUAUGAUGUUCUCGCUAUUUGCGUACAACAUAGACAGGUAUUCGAUUUAAUUCCACAGUUAAAUGAACUGCAAUAACUUAUGCAAUUUUGCAGGCUGUCGAAUAAAUUUUGAAGCAAACAUGGUGGUUAAACGUGUCAUCUAAAUGUUAUGAAAAACUGAUUCAAAUCUAUUCAGUCAAAAGAGGUCCUCCCUUGCUUAAGUACCACAACACAUCUGUCUUCACUGUUUACAUCUUAUGUGUAAUUAAACUAUUCUAUGUUUACUUUGGAGCAAGUGUAAACGUGUCGCUCAUCAAGAUAAUGCUGAAUUGGUUUUACAAUGAAGAAAUUAAACAUGCUUGACGGUCGCGAACUGAGAUUUAUAUAGCGCACCACCUUUUUUCUUUUUCACGUUACGCAAAGCCACUUAGAUUCUUCUAAAGAUCAUGAGACAUUAAGUUUGUACUGGUUUGUUGAGUGCCCAGCUCGCAAGAAAUAAAAAAAAUAGAAAUGUAGGUUGGCUUUUAUUUUUCUGCCAUCUCCAUAGAGGACCGGUGGCAUUUUGUCGACAUUCGAAAGAAAUUCAUACAUUCAGCCACACUGACGAUAAAAACUGUCUUUGAAUGUGAUUUUAAGAAAAAUUUCCGAUGGUCCAGUUACGGAUUUCUAAUUUAGAUUGUUAAAAGUAAACAUUCAUGAUCUUGUGUAUUUGCAUACGGAUUGCGAUAUGCUAAUAUUUUUAUUAGCCACGAGAAACAAGCACAUCGAUUUCAGACAAGUAUGAACACAUAAAUAGGGAAAUGUGUAUUAAACGCUUACAACUGAAUAAAACCAAAUCAGCGCGUGGCGGAAGAAAUUGAAGAACCUUGGCCUUCUAAAAAGCAAGAAAAUCAUAAAGAGGGUUUCUUCGUUUAAUACUCAUUGCGCAUAUCCCCCAAAAAAGCACUUCUGCUUGCAUUUAAAGAAACAAAUGAAUGAAAUAUUUGCAAAAAACGCAAGGUUUUUUAAACAGAAUAUAAAUUUCUUGUUUAAAUAGGGCAAAAAUAAAGUAAAAAUGGAGUGUUAACAAAGCUCACACAUUAACAUGUCGAAAUUGUUAACUGUUUGGGAGAGUUACGCCCAGUUAUUUCUUCAACUGUCGUUUGUUUAUAAGGGUUUGCAAGGUAUAUCAAAUUUUAACCGCCUAUCUGUAGGUUUUCCAUAUAUUUAACGGAUAAGAAAUAUUCGUAGUACAGCGCAAUAAUAGCGCAUCGAAAUAGUCAAUAUUCAUUUGAGAUAGCAGUUCAAAAUCUUGGUUAAAAUGAGCUGUCACUUUCCCGACAUUUCUUCUUGGAUUUAGUGAUUAAAACUUGAUUUUUUAAAAUAUCUCAUUUCUAGUGAGUGAAAACGACUGCAAAAAAUCUCUACUAAUAUUUUUCUACAAAAAUGACAUAUUGGUCAUCACCAGUAUAUAAAAAACCUAAUGUGGUGGCAAAUUACAUAUAUUGGUGUCCAAACAUUUAGUCGUCACGUGUUCUUUUGGGUUUAAAAGUGCCCUUAUAGACCUUUGAGGCCUUAUUAAAUUUUCACUUUAAAAUAUCUGCAUGCAUAGACAAAUUGUGGCAGCAACAUGCAAACAGAAGUCUUUUAUUUUACUCGUACUUUUAACAAUCGAUACGAACGCGGUGCCGUGAUGGCAAAGCAAACUCAAAAUAACUCGAGCUUUUUCACUCAUUUAGAAUAUCCCGUAGAUUCAUGCAUAUGCGAAGACUGACGUGGUAUGUGAAUUCUCACUCAUGCAGUUAUACUUUGUGUUUAAAUAAUGUCUAAAUAGCAGUCAGCUUGGAAUUAUUAUUCAUUCAUUACACUACGGUUUUGCAUCCGUCUUAAAUCUUUUAGAUGCGUGCAUUGGCCUAUCUAAUGGACAUGAGGUUGAGCUGAGUUAUCUCAUGGCCUGCUUGCCGUGA